AUGAAGAUCCAGGUCAAGCUGACCGCCACGGCGGCCAUCGAGCGCCUCAAGGCGGACGAUCCCGAGCUGGUCUCGUGCGAUCUUUCAAACAACGCUGUCCUGCAGAUGAAGGCGUCGGAUAUGAUUCCACGGCUGGCCGAUGCGCUGGCGGGCAACUCACAUUGCCGCGAGCUCAACCUGACCGCGUGCAACCUCGACGACGCGUGCUGCGAGAAGCUCGCCGCGGCGCUCGCUGGCAACCACCACCUCGCUUCGCUCGUCCUCGAGGGCAACCGGUGCGGCAACGAGGGCGCCACGCACAUAGCAAGCGCGCUCCGCACAAACCGAGGGCUGAUGAUGCUGAACCUGCUCAACCAAAAGGGGAGCCGAUUCGGCGACUCGACCCUCGCCGCCUUCACUGGCGCCUUCGACUCCAACAUCACCCUUCUCAAGAUCAUCUGGCGGCUCGAGUCGCGGCAGUCGUUCCGGCUCAACAAGCU